AUGGCUUCCACAGUGCCGAUAUCGACUCUCAAAGCAUCGGACUUUGACCAUCUCGAGCUGGACCCCAUCAAGAGCGAAGGUUCAGGGACCAGCGAUGAGAUCGAUUGGACGGAGGAAGAAGAAACCAGCAUUCGAAGGAAGAUCGACCGGCGCAUAGUGCCCCUCGUCACGAUCUUGUAUCUUCUCUGCUUCCUGGACCGCGCCAACAUCGGCAAUGCCCGAAUUCAAGGCAUGGCGACAGACUUGAACCUUGUCGGCUACCGCUUUAACUGGGCUUUGAGCGUCUUCUACAUCGUCUACUUGCUGGUGGAGAUCCCUAGCAACGUUCUCCUGAAAUACAUUGGAGCGCGGUACUACAUCCCGAUGCUCGUGAUGGGUUUCGGGUUUGUGUCGAUGUGUACGGCUUUCGUGAAGAGUUUCAGCACGCUUUGCGUUGCAAGAGCAGUUCUGGGAAUCUUCGAAGGCGGCACAAUGCCUGGAAUUGCCUUUUUUCUCAGCACAUUCUACAAGCGACGAGAACUGUAUUUCAGAAUCGGCAUCUUUAUUUCCGCCGCCUCGAUUGCGGGUGCUUUUGGAGGCCUCUUUGCCACUGCUUUGGCCCGCAUUCCUCGCUGGGGUACAGAGUCCACUCCCAUUCAUACCUGGAGAAAUAUCUUCUUUUUCGAAGGCCUGCUUACCAUGGUCAUUGCGGCCGGCGCUCCGUUCCUGAUGCCCUCGAAUCCGCAGACAUGCAUGUUCUUGGCCGAUAGGGAGCGGUACAUUGCCAACGAACGUCUAAUCCGCGAACACCGAGCCGAUCCGCACGAACAUGUGCAAUGGCGGCACGUCAAGGCCGCGGUAUGCAACAUUAACAACAACAUUGCUGCACUGGGCUUCUUCAUGAUCAAUAUCACCGUGCAAGGCCUCUCGAUUUUCCUUCCCACGAUCCUCAAGGAUCUCGGCUGGACCUCGACCAAAGCGCAACUAUACUCCGUGCCUCCGUACGUGGCGGCCUGUCUCGUCGCUAUUGCCAUCGCCUACGUCAGCGACAAGACGCGUAGGCGCGGCAUCUUUCUGGCAGUCGCUACGAUCUUCCCUAUCGUCGGGUUCAGCCUGCUCCGAUGGAACACAAAUCCCAGCAUCCGGUACAUGGCUAUCUACCUCAUCAUUGUAGGCGCCUUUCCCGGAGGCCCUGGAUUCAUGUCUUGGGGCAUCAACAACUCGGCUGGCCCGGCUACCCGGGCUGUGGCUACUGCUUACAUCGUCUCUCUGGGAACUGGAGGCGGCGUUCUGGCAACCUGGACCUAUCUCGUUCGCGAUGCGCCCCGGUACCCAAUCGGUCACUCAAUCAAUCUUGGAGCGCAAGUCAUCGUCUUGGCUUUGGCCACCUUCGGUAUAUUGUACAAUUUGCAUGAGAACCGCAUCAGAGCGGCUGGUAAGCGCAAUCAUCGUCUCGAAGGUUUGACGGACCAGCAAAAGAGAGACCUUGGCCACCAUCACCCCGACUUCAAGUAUAUGCCUUGAAGGAGAGUGGCAUCGGCAAUAUCGACGUGGUGCGGGGGUGUCAACGAGUCUCGACAUUGCUGAGCAUCGAUAUUGUGUAACGAGAACAGCUUCACAAUUGUGAAGGAAAGGGCAAAAUUGCAACCUCGAUCAAGGACCGGCCUGUCACAUGGGAACGGGGGCGCGCUCUGCAACUCCAAGAUGACUAAGUACAGGAUCUCUAAGGUACCGCAUCAAAUCCCCCCAUGAUACGCCUUAUAUCAGCGGAAAUGAGAAAAUGGCAAUGGAGUGUAACGAAUCGAACAUAUUUUGAAGUUUUGAAAUUUUGACAUGUACACUUUCUGUACUUUAUAUGCACACAUGCGCUCAAGG